AUGGGAAAUAGAAAAAGAGGCCAGAAGAAGCCAUCUAAGAAAAAAGUAAUUGAAGUAGGUUGCAAAGAAAAAUGUGAAGCUGGACCAAGUGGGAUGUCAAGGAAAACUCAUUCCGUGGAAAAAUCACGCCAAAUUAGUAAUAAUGCUUCCAUGAAGUUGUUUCAAUAUGAUUCUUCAUCAAGGCUAUCUACACCAGACCCAUUUAGUGAUGAUGGAGAGUAUGGUUCCAAUAACGACUAUGAUCCAGGAUAUGAUGAUAAUACAGACAGCACUAGCACUGUUAGUGAUCACACAAAGCAACGUGAAAAGAAACAACUAAAGAACCGUUCCAAGGACAACGCAACGAGGUCACAUGGUAAACGCAACUCUGAAAGCAGUGUAAGUAGCAGCUCUGAUUCUGACGAUCGAACCGAAGGCUUUAGCGAGUGCACGGAUGUAUGUGAUAGCGAUGACAACGAGGAUGAUACAAAUUCGAUAUCGGCAGAAUCUAGUGAUGAGAGUAUUUUUGACAGUAGAAAGAGAAAAAAGAAGGGGCAGAGUUCCUCUUUAGGAUCAAGAUACAAAAAACCUAAGAUCGCCAGUGCAGAUCAGAGUACCGACACUAUGUCGUUAGAUUCUGAGGCAUUGCUAAAUAAUAUAGAAAAUCUUGAAAGCUCUUCAGUGCAACUCGAUCCUGCAGUAUUAGUAAAUAUCUCAAUUUAUUCACAUAUCGAAGGAAGUCACUCCCAUACUAAUCCACAAAUUCAAGGUGCUGAAGACGACCAUGCUGCUGCAGCUGCUGAGGUUAAUCCCGCGCCUGCCAACCUACGUGAACUGGAACUAGACGCAGCUGCGCAGCGCCACUCUCCUGGUUCUCCUGCACCGGAUCCAGCAGCUGCUGAGGGAAAUCCCGCGCAUGACAACCUACCUGCCUUGGACCUGGAUGUAGCUGUGCAGCACCGCUCUCCUAGCUCUCCUGCACUGGAACGGGAGGCUGUUGAGGGAAAUCCCGCGCCUGUCAACGUAUCUGCCCUGUACCUGGAUGCAGCUGCACAGCGCCGCUAUCCUGGCUCUCCUGCACCGGAUUCAGCAGCUGCUGAGAGAAAUCCCGCGCCUGACAACCUACCUGCGCUGUACCUAGACGCAGCUGCGCAGCGCCACUCUCCUGGUUCUCCUGCACCGGAUCCAGCAGCUGCUGAGGGAAAUCCCGCACAUGACAACCUACCUGCAUUGGACCUAGAUGCAGCUGCGCAGCAGCGCUCUCCUAGCUCUCCUGCACUGAAUCGGGAGGCUGUUGAGGGAAAUCCCGCGCCUGUCAAAUUAUCUGCCCUGUACCUGGACGCAACUGCGCAGCGCUGCUCUCCUGGCUCUCCUGCACCGGAUCCAGCAGCUGCUGAAAGAAAUCCCGCGCCUGCCAACUUAUCGGCCCUGGAUCUGGACGCAGUUGAGCAGCGCCGCACUCCUGGCUCCUCUACGCAGUGCCGCUCUCCUAGCUCGUCUGCAUCAGAUCGGGAGGCUGCUGAGGAAAAUCCCGCGCCAGCCAACCUUCCUGCCCUGGACUGGGACGCAACUACGCAGUGCCGCUCACCUAGCUCUUCUGCACCACCAGAACUAAACGCUACUGUAAGAUAUCCAACUCCGGCCAGCACACUUGCACUGGAGGUAGUUGCAGAGCGUGGCUUGUCCGGCUCUCCUGUGCCGGAACGAGAUGCUGCCGAAACGAAUUCUGCGCCUACCAGUCCAUCUGCUUUGGAUCGGGAAGCAUUUGUACAACGCAACCCUUCUAUCUGUCAUGUGCUGGACCCAGAGGCCGCCGAAAGAAACUCCGUGCCUGACACACUCCCCGAGAUAAGUCCAGCGACCAAUUGCAGACCAAGCACUCCUCCACUGAUAAAUUAUGAUUGGGAACACACGAACACAGACAUACCUUCGUUCGAGUUUGAUGAAAGUUCAGCAGGUGUCCAGUUUGAAGUCAACCCAGCUAUGACAGUUAUGGAAAUAUUUGAUAAAAUUCUUAAUCCUAAUAUUGUAGACUAUAUUGUAACAUUCAGUACCAUUGACGACGACGUCGGAAGCUCAAGAGUCCAUGGUCACUGGCCUGAGAAAAUACCCGUGCAAGAGGGUUCAAACAAAACAUCAAAGUACUUGAAAUGCAAGAUGUGCACGAAAAAAAAGAGCAAUCCUCAACAACCAGGACCAUCACAACAACCGACGCCAUCGCCACAACAACCCACGCCAUCCCCACAAGAACCCACGCCAUCCCCACAAGAACCCACGCCAUCGCUACAAGAACCAUCGCCAUCGCCACAACCAUCGCGAAAGAAAAGACGGCUGAAUACGAAUGCACAAAAUGAUUCUCUUGAUAAUAUAUUGAAGGACACUUUUGCCAUAAUUGAGAAAAGUUCAACUUCCAUAAAUGAUCCAUGUGUAUCAUUCUUCAUGGAAAAUACGAUCCUUACACUCAAUCAUGUGUUAAAAAUGCUAUUAAUACUAUUAUUCACGAAGCGGACAUGGGAAAAUAUAAGAUGUAUAGACCAGGAUAUUACACACAACCACCCACUACCACGUCAUCCAUAA